AUUUUCAGAUGGAGAAAAUUCGUGCCUAGAUCCGAGUCGGAUCAGAUCUCCACCGUGAAAAUUCUCGAUGGAAACACUGCUACAGCAUUAGCAAAAUUGACAAGUCGAGCGCCUGUCACGGCUGAACUCGAACAGACGGCCGGUGUCUGACAGACCGGAGUCAAAGGUCUACGAGUCCUCUGAAGACUCUCUACUACACGUUCCGCCCUUUUCAACGGCCGUUACGGGCCGCUCGAAAUUCCACGUUCCGCACCGAAAAAACAGCAAUAAAAGAGACAUCCCCCAGAAUUUACGGUUGCCAAAGGGUCAGAAAAGCGAAACGGGCAAUGCAGAGAAAAGGAAAAAAUCACAUGUGAAAUGCACAUGUUCAACUGAUACUCACUGCUCCCCCUCUCUCUCUCUCUCUCUAAAGCUCUAGUUUUGAUUUGAAAGCCAUACAUUUCAAACGAGAGAAGAGAGAGAGAGAGAGAGAGAGGAGAGAGCUAACAAUCUCGUUCGCUCUCUCUCCCACUUUCCCUUUCCUCCUCCUUCCCUUCCGUCGCACACCCUCUCUGGCUCGCUGCUGGAGAGAAGAAAAGGGUAAUGGGAGUUCGCCGACACCCGCCGCAAUGUCGGCAUUGGGUCCAUCUCCUCCUCCUCCUCCUCCUCCUCUGCGCCUCCGCUCUCUCCGCCGCGUCCGGAGCCUUCGACUACGCCGACGCGCUCGCCAAGACUCUCUACUUCGAGUCCCAGCGCUCCGGCCGCCUCCCGCACGGCCAGCGCGUCGCGUGGCGCGACCACUCCGGCCUCACCGACGGCCUCGAGCAAGGAGUGGACUUGGUGGGAGGGUACUACGACGCCGGCGACCACGUGAAGUUCGGACUCCCGAUGGCGUUCACGGUGACGAUGCUGUCGUGGAGCGUGAUCGAGUACCGCGACGAGAUCGACGCCGCCGGCGAGCUGGCGCACGCGCUGGAAGCGAUCAAGUGGGGCACGGACUACUUCGUCAAGGCGCACACUAGCCCCAACGUCUUGUGGGCUGAGGUCGGUGACGGGGAUACGGACCACUACUGUUGGCAACGGCCGGAGGACAUGACGACGUCCCGGCAGGCGUACAGGGUGGACGAGAGCAACCCCGGGUCGGAUCUCGCCGGAGAGACGGCGGCGGCGAUGGCGGCGGCGUCGAUCGUGUUCCGGAGGUCGAACCCGCACUACGCCCACCUCCUGCUGCACCACGCCCAAGAGCUGUUCGAGUUCGGCGACAGGCACAGGGGGAAGUACGACGGGAGCGUCGGGGUGGUGAAGAACUACUACGCGUCGGUGAGCGGGUACAAGGACGAGCUGCUGUGGGCUGCGCUGUGGCUGCACAGGGCCACCGACAAGGAGGACUAUCUGAAGUACGCGAUCGACAAGGCCGGGUGCUUUGGCGGGAUCGGAUGGGCCAUGUCCGAGUUCAGCUGGGACGUCAAGUAUGCCGGUCUCCAGCUGCUCGCUUCCCAGCUCCUCCUGGAAGGCAAGCACAAGGACCAUGCUCACGUCCUCGAGCAGUACCGCUCGAAAGCCGAGCACUACCUCUGCUCCUGCCUCGACAAGAACAACAACGGCACCAACGUCGAGCGGACCCCGGGAGGUCUGCUCUACGUCCGGCAGUGGAACAACAUGCAGUACGUCUCGUCCGCCGCCUUCCUCCUCACGGUCUACUCGGACAUCCUCAGCCGCGGGAACCGGAAGCUCCACUGCCCUCAGGGGACCCUUGGCCCCGAGGAGAUUCUCGGUUUUGCCAGGUCCCAGGUCGACUACAUCCUGGGCUCGAACCCGCUCAAUAUGAGCUACCUGGUGGGCUUCGGCCCGAGGUACCCGACGAGGGUCCACCACAGGGGGGCCUCGAUCGUGUCCUACAGGGAGAGCAAGGGGUUCAUCGGGUGCACCCAAGGGUACGACAGCUGGUACAGCAGCCCCGGACCGAACCCGAACGUGCUCGUCGGUGCCCUGGUCGGGGGGGCCGAUUGCCAGGACAACUUCCAGGAUGAGAGGGGGAAUUACAUGCAGACCGAGGCCUGCACUUACAAUACCGCGCCGCUGGUUGGAGUUUUCGCGAGGCUGUUGAGAUUGCAGGAUCGAGAGGCCGAUCCGAAUGGGAAAGCGUCUCUGCUCGCUUCGUACAAGAGGAAGUGAGUCUGGUUUCUUUUCUUUAGAGGUGCUCUUUUCCCUUUUUAUGGGGCCUGGGACGAAGGUCUCCAAGCCUCAUUUUGUUGCUUUCUUGAAAUUUUGUCAAGCCCGUGUAGUAAUCUCCCUGGGCUUAAAAUGUCAAAGGGUCUUCAUUUGCUUUUUGGACCAAAAUCUUGAAAGGCAAAGCAUACAUAUAUAUAUGGGGGGAACGAGGCCUCAUCUUUAUACAAAGAGGAUCAGUUCUUGGGUGGAUCCGAACCAACCAUGUGAGCCGCGAUUUCACGCGGGUUUCCGGUUCUGCUCAGACACCGAAUUCUGGGUAAAAACCCAGAUUUUUGUAGUGACAAAGAAUUGCACCAGUUCAAUGGAAAAGAUUCCUUAAUCGAGUGGUUA